AUGACCUCGAAACAAGCUGGUUCGAGUCCUGCACUGCACAGCAGGGAUCGGUUUCUCUACCUGAAAGAAAUUACAGUCGACUUUACUCGUUCACGCCCAGACUGCAAGCUUCAUCUCAAGCUGAAAGAUGAAAUGAAGACCCCAUACGAAUCGAAGGAAUUCGGAAAGACAGAACGACUGCAGUGGAACUGCGAACUAUACGUGAAAUCUCCGAGCAAGGCUAUGCUGACUAUAAAAGACGCUGGUAAUGGCUUGAAAAAGAAGUGGAAUGUCGAACUGCAAUUAGAUUUCGGCUCGACGGAUUUCCGUGAGAAUGAUACCGCCGAACGAAUUGAUGUAAAUUAUGGCCUUAUCGUCAAACUAACAUUCGGAGCCCCGGGGAAGAAGUUCGUUUUUGCUCGAUUGCUUGCCAACAAGGCCGUCUCUGCUCUUGCAACGAAAUUGCCUAUGCUGGAAAAGGUGGACAGGGUCCUCAGCUAUUUCGAACUUAUCGUAAAAUUUGGUCUGGCCGCCUCCGAAGUUAACCCUUGUGCAAAGGCUGCUGUUGCUGGCCUCGACGCGGCCUUCCAGAAAUUCCAAGAGAUUCCGACAAAUCAUCGCGAGUUCGUGAGCAUCAUGGGCGAUAUCGUUCUGACAACAACUCUGCUUGAGUCGUUACACGAACGUAUUAAGGAUGAGGUGGUACAAGAAAUCCUGAGGAGCUUCAGUGACUUCGUUGACGGUAUAUCUCGAGAUCUGAUCAGAUAUUCUUCCGAAUCGAAACGCACGUUCCUACUGCGAAACUGGUACAAGUCCAAACAGAUUGAGGCAAAGGAGCUUCAUUCCCGGCUGAUGCGGCUCUGUGAAAUUCUGAACCUUGGACUUACUUGUCAUCAACUGUCAGAAGCGGAUGAGAACUCCCUUAGACAAUUAAGACCACCGAGGAAUAGUUCUUUUGAUCCGGAUCGCUGCUGCCUGGAAGAUACCAGGACAGAGCAAUUGCUCAUCAUCGACGAGUGGAUUCGUUCAGAAGAUCCAAACGACCAACUCUAUUGGAUUUAUGGUGUUGCCGGCUGUGGGAAGACCUCAGUCGCAGCAUCAGUCGCAUCGACACUAGAUUCAUGGAGGUUUCUGUCUUGCUCCUUCUUCUGUAGCAGGGACGUUCCUGAGCGUAGGGAUCCGGCCCGAGUUGUCCAUGCUCUGGUUUAUUUCCUGGCAAGGGUCAGUUCGCCUUUCAAGACCUCCCUACUUCGGCUGCUCAAUGAUGAUUCCGACUUUCUCGAGAAACCGUUGCAGGCACAAAUCAAUGCGUUGCUCUCUCAUUCUUUUGCAGAGCCUUCUCAUUGGGCAAACUGUCGGUCGGUCGUCAUUGUCUUCGACGCCCUGGAUGAAUGCGAGGACAGCGGAAGGGCGGCUUUGUUUCUCGCCAGAGUAAUUGAGCGGGUACCUCCUCUCAAAGUCAUAGUAACCAGCAGGCCUCUUCCUGAGAUCCAAGAACGAUGGGACAUAUUGGAGCAAACCGGGAAAUUGACGUCCUGCGACUUAUUCGAAGUGAACGCUCACAAUGACAUCGUGCUCUUUACACGCGAGGAAUUCAGAACCAAUUCGAAGUUACCGCGUGAUUUCACUGAGGAUCAGAUGGAGGCACUUGCGCGAAAAGCUUCAGGGCAUUUCAUAUGGAUCACGACCGUCCUGAAGCACGUUAGCAAUCAACUCCGGAAGAAACGCGAGGUGUUGGACCGGAUACUUGUUUCCACAUCGGACAAGAAGUUUGAAGGGAAACUCGACGCUCUGUAUCGGCAAGUGCUUGAUGAUGCCUCUGAGAAGUCCGACGACCGCGUGGAGACAAUACGACUACUCAUUGGCCUUGUUUUUGUGACGUCAAGGAACAGACCGCUUCCGGCAGAGGCGUUACAUACAUUUGUUUAUUCCGAGUUCGAGCUAGAUGAGCUAACGGAAACAUUGCAAGAGUUAGGCUCGGUAGUUACUGUGGAACCUCAGACAGGUGCUAUCCGGGUCUGCCAUCCAUCGUUCUUGGACUUUGUUGGUAGCCGUGAACGGGCUGGAUGUUAUUGGAUGGAGAGUUCAGUGUUGGACAUGACGAUGGCAGAGGGUUGUCUUAAUAUCAUGGCAUCGGGACUCAAAUUCGACAUCUGCAAACUGGAAUCUUCGCACGUUCCAAACUGUGAAGUCCACGAUCUUGCGGAACGAAUAUACAAGACUAUCCCCUGUGAGCUGCAAUACAGCUGCCUGUAUUGGCUGAACCACCUAUCGAGGUGUCGAGCCGAUGAAAAAGAUGAAAUAUCGAUCAAGCAGAAGUUUCGCGACGUGUUUUGCCAGGCGAAAGCACUGUAUUGGCUGGAGGCGUUGAGCCUCAUGUCUGGAUUGAAGGCGGCGGCAUCAAGUCUUCGAGAUCUUCCUCGUUUAGUUAAGCUCAUAGAUGCAGACGAGGAACUACGCAAUUUUAUGACCGAUUUAUACCGUUUUGUGAUGGCGUUUCAUGAACCGAUGGCAAUCAGUGCACCACAUGUCUAUAUUUCAGCCUUGCUCUGGACACCUUCCAAGUCUAUAAUUGCGGAAUCGCAGUACCAGAUAUUCACGAGCGGUCGAUUGGUUCUGGAGGGGCUCGAACACUAUUGGCCCAUCGCUUUGCAAACAUUAUUAGUAGGCUCUCAGGUGUGCUCAGUUGCAUAUUCCCCAAGCGGGCGUUGGAUUGUAUCUGGGUCCGAUGAUAAAACCAUCCGCAUCUGGGAUGCGGAGACCGGCGCUCCCAUUCGUGAACCGCUUCGAGGUCAUGAUGACUGGGUCCGUUCCGUUGGAUUCUCCCCAGACGGACGCCACAUCGUCUCUGGUUCUGAUGACAAGACUAUCCGCAUCUGGGAUGCUGAGACGGGAGUUCCCAUUUGUGAACCGCUUCGGGAGCAUGAAGAUUCGGUCGUGACUGUUGAAUAUUCCCCAGACGGACGUCGCAUUGUCUCUGGGUCUCGUGACAACACUAUCCGCAUCUGGAAUGCUGAGACGUGUGUUCCCAUUUGCGAACCACUUCGAGGGCACGAAGAUUCGGUUGUUUCUGUCAGAUACUCUCCGGACGGACGCCGCAUUGUCUCUGGGUCUCGUGAUAACACCAUCUGCAUAUGGAAUGCUGAAACACGUACACCCGUUUGUGCAUCGCUUCGAGGUCAUGAAAAUUGGGUCGUUUCUGUUGGAUAUUCCCCAGACGGAAGACAUAUUGUCUCUGGGUCUUAUGACAAGACCAUACGCAUCUGGGAUGCUGAGACAGGUGCUUCUAUUUGUAAACCACUUCGAGGACAUGAAGAGUGGGUCGUUUCCGUUGAAUAUUCCCCAGACGGACGUUGCAUUGUCUCUGGAUCUCGAGACAACACCAUCCAUAUCUGGAACACUAAGACUGGUAUUCCCAUUUGUGAACCGCUUCGAGGGUACAAUGGUCUGGUCUACUCGGUUGGUUAUUCUUCAGACGGACGUCGCAUUAUUUCUGGAUCCAGUGACAACACCAUCCGCAUCUGGAAUGCUAAGACAGAUGCUCUCAUUCGCGAGCCACUUCGAGAGCAUAAUGGUUCGGUCUACUCGGUCGGAUGUUCCCCAGACGGACGUUGCAUUGUCUCUGGGUCUGGUGAUAAGACUAUUCGCAUCUGGGAUGCUAAGACGGGUGCUCCCAUUUGUGAGCCGCUUCGAGGGCAUAAUGGUUUGGUAUAUUCGGUUGGAUAUUCACCAGACGGUUGUUGCAUUGUCUCUGGGUCUUCUGACAAGACCAUUCGCGUCUGGGAUGCUCGGACGGGUGUUCCCAUUCUGGAACCGCUUCGAGGGCAUGGAAACUCGGUCAUCUUCGUUGGAUAUUCCCUUGAUGGACGUUGCAUCAUUUCUUUGUUCGAUGAUAAGACCAUCUGCAUCUGGAAUGCUAAGACGGGUGCCCCUAUUGACAGGCUGCUCGGAAAGGGUAAACGUGGUUUGGUUCGCCGCGCUAGAUAUUCCCCAUCCUUCUCUACCAUCUGCAUGUGGGAUACUGAGACGGGUGUUCGCAUUCGUGACGUGCCUGGAAAGUAUGAAGUUGGUACUGAGCAUAUUAAGCAUCUCUCAGACGGACGUUGCAUUGUCUCUGGAUCUGAUGAGACGGCUAUCUGCAUAUUCAACAGUCACGACCGAAUCUUCAUGCUCUUGAAGUGGUUCACAGACGGGAACACCAGUAUCAGCACUCCAUAUUCCCCAGACGGACGUCACAUUGUCUCUGGAUCUCGUGACAAGACCAUCCGCAUCUGGGAUGCUGAGAUAGGUGCUCCCAUUUGUGGACCGCUUCGAGGACAUGAAGAUUCGGUUGUUUUUGUUGGAUAUUCGCCAGACGGACGUCGCAUUGUCUCUGCGUCUCGCGACAAGACCAUCCGCAUCUGGGAUGUUGAGACGGGAGCUUUGACUUGUGAACCGCUCCAAGGCCAUGAAGAUUCAGUUGUUUCUGUUAGACAUUCUCCGGACGGACGCUAUAUUGUCUCGGGGUCUCAUGACAAAACCAUCCGUAUCUGGGACGUGCAGACGGGUGUUCCUGUUCCUAUUGGUGAGGCUCUCCAAGGGCAUGAAAGUUCAAUCAACUCCGUUGGAUAUUCUCCCGACGGUUGCUGCAUUGUAUCCGGAUCUUCUGACAAUACCAUCCGAAUCUGGGAUGCUAAUUGUCAUAUUCUUGCGAGAGAGCUACACGAAUGUCAAGGCAGUUGGUUUGGCUUCUCACAAGAAGGAAUGUACAUUCUGUCAAGUUCUGACAGAGACGAUACACUGUGGAGAAUUCCUCCACAUAUUUCAAAUGACGGGUGGAUUCGAACAUCAGAUGGUGGUCUCGUACUAUGGGUUCCUCACGAAUAUCGGAACGGAGUUUGUGAUAUGAGUCUUUAUACCCUUCCACAUAAUGCAACUGGGCACCCUGUCAGGAUUGAUUGGCCAAGACUACUGCAUGGUACUACAUGGACUUCUGUGAAGAUAGAAGAUUAGACUAAAAUUGGACUAUCAGUCUCUUCAUUUUAAAUAUCAAUGUAUCUUUGUUUUAGGAACAGUCUACUGUACUAGUAGUGUAUACUCUAUUUACUAUACAAUAUCAGACU